CCUCGCCCCCCUCCCUCUCAUCAGCAUCAGCAGCAUCAUCAGAUGCGCGCAGAUCACGCUAAACAGCGCACUGGUUAUCUAUCAGCAGGUGUGUGACUAUAACAGAAGAUUAUACAUCACCACCUAUUUAUGGUCGUUAUAUCUGACUGUCUUUUUUGGAUCGUUAACUGGAGUUUUUAUCAGAUUUGAUGGUUUGAUUUCCAGCGGAUAUCUCAAGGCAGCGUGGCAGAAGAGGAGAGAGAAUAAAAGCGAGAUCAUAUUUAACAUCCGCGCGUCUCCGGUGUCUGUGGAUGGGCUGCGGACAUCUGCAGUCUCUGGCUUUGAGUCACUAAGAAGAUGGCGGACAGGGCAGAGAUGUUUUCUCUCUCCACCUUCCACUCCCUCUCUCCUCCAGGAUGCAGGCCGGCUCAUGACAUCAGUUUGGAGGAGUUUGAUGAUGAAGAUUUGUCUGAGAUCACAGAUGACUGUGGCAUAGGCCUCAACUACGACUCAGACCCUUAUGAAAAGGACUGUCUUAUUUUGGAAAAGAAUGAUUUCCACCACCCAGUGUGCUCAUUCCAAGAUGACUUCCAAGAGUUUGAGAUGAUCGAUGAUGAAGACGACGAUGAUGACGAUGAUGAAGAAGAAGCAGAUCCUGAUGCCCCUCCCUCACCAUCUCCAUCUCCUCCUCCCUCCCCUACUCUUGGCACCCUUAAGAGCCGCCCAACCACUCUAAACCUGACUGCAGCGGUUUCGCAGGAUUCUCUGAACAAUAACAGUAACGUCUCCCCUCAAAAGUCGAGCUGGCAGGAUUCUCUUCGAAACUCGACUUCACAGGGAUGUUUGUCUCCUAACCACUCUUGCCUUGACGAUGGCUCCCAUGUGACUUCCACAUGCCCAGCGGCACCUGGCAUCACCAGCUCUCCCAAAGGUACACCCUCAAACCCAUCAGGAAACCAUCAGUCACCUGGCAGGCCCCUGCUCUAUGACUGUGAGGGCAACAGACGAGAACGGCCUGAAUAUGGCUCCUUUGGUCAACAUAACUCAUCUGGUAGCUCUGAGGUGCCUGUGGUCAAACCUGAGGGUGAGGAAUCCACUCUUAGUGAGCUUGUCACCUCUGUGGAUGACUGCACCUCUCAAUGCUCUGACACCGAAGUGGACCACGAUCUCAAUGGUCACGCCAGACGUCAACCCUGCCGCUCUCGACCAUCAAACGACACUUACACCGUCACCACAGAGACCGCCGAUGACCCAGACUUGGAAAACGAUGGCACAAGUAGGUGUUUAUCCUCAACGGCACCUCUUGGCAAUGAUGCUGAGACUCCGCUAUCGGAUGAGGAGCUUGAUAAAGAGUUCGAUAUUGACUUUAUGAGCAAGGAGAUCUACGAUCAAGCCUGCAAGGAAACUGAUGGCUGUUCGUACAUCGAGUUUCCAUGCAUUGAACCCAGUGAGUCGAUUUCAGUCUGUAGCUACGUAUCGUCCAGUCGAUCAGACGUGCUUGAAGCUGUGGACGAACCACGACACGUGCUUCUGGGUCAACCUGAUGCAGCUGCAAAUGACUCCACUUCUCCUUCCUCCGAUCCUGGUAUCGCAGAUAUGAACGCCAAGCGCUACACAGAGUCAGAUCGCCACAGCGAUGACCUUAGCUCGCCUGGAUCAGACUCUGAUAUUGAAGGGGAACUUGAGGCAGCAUUUGCAUGUGGUGGUCCACUUGUUAGUAACAUGAUUUCCUCCAUCUCAGAGACAGAGCUGGACCUGACCAGUGAUUCCAGCAGUGGACGCUCCUCGCACCUCACCAACUCUAUUGAAGAAGCCAGCUCUCCAACUUCGGAUCCAGAACUGGACCAGGAACUGGACGUAGAGCAGGACAGUGGUAUUGUGGGUCUGAAGACAUCUCUUCUUCUGGGCCAACCUGAACCGAUUAAACAAGACCCUCUACCUGCUCUCGUUCCAAGCCCGGACAUGUUCCAACUGGACGAUGGCCAGGCACUAAUGGGUCUGCAGAACGUAGAUGAUGAACAGGGUUAUGAGCACCAAGCUGAUCCAGAUGAGACUCUUCCCCCUUCUGUCCCUUGUGAGGAUGGCAACUCUCAGCAGUUGUUGCUGAAGAUUGAGCCUGAUCACAGCCUUGAAAGCUUUAAACGCUCUUUCUAUUUGCCCGUUGGCCCUAGGCUCAUGCCCUCUGUGGAUGACUACGAUGGCAACAGCGAGGGAGAUUCAGAGUCGGAGUCUGAGGAUGAGCUAAGCGAAAACUCAGACUCUCCUUGGCUUCUCAGCAAUCUGGUCAACAGGAUGAUCUCAGAAGGCUCGUACCCAAUCAGCUGCCCAGAAGAGUGCUUCAAACACUCAACGUCCAUCUCUGACACCAUCUCACCUUCGUCUGACCUGGAAACGGAUGCUUUUAAUGAAACUGAUGACAGCUGUUUGCCAAAGCAUGAUGGUGAAGAAAAGUCCCAGGAUGUAACCUGUGAAAUGUCAGAGGUGAAGCUGGAAGAAGAGAAAGAGAAGGAAGCCAGCGGUAUGUCUGAAAAAGGACAGAAGGAUGCUAAGAGGACUGAGUCUUGUCUGUACAUGAGCAACCCCACAUAUGACACCAUUACCCCAAUGGAAAGAUACGAUACAAGAUUAAAGAACUAUGAAUCGGUGGAUUUCACAUGCCAGAACUCUUUGAAAAACAAACAGAAAGAUGAUGAUGAAGAAGAGGAGGAGCCAAAUAAUGACCUGAUGAUGGAGAGAAUGAAGGAGCUGGACUCUCCCAGUUUGAGCGAGAGUAUAAUAAGCGACAAGGAUGAGGGUCGGGAAACAGGGGUCGACCAGAUCAGUUUGCAGCGAAUUACAGAAGUCAAAAACAGCCUUACCUUGGAUCUCUCAGCAGUACAGACCAAUCACUGUUUCAGUCUCACAUACUCGACAGAUAAUGAUGAAGAUGAACCGGAUACCUCUCCAUUCCUGGAGGAUCUUGAGAAGGUACCCUCACCAUACGGAAAUGAGACUUAUUUGGAUAGCUCACCACCUAUCGAUGAGAGUGUGCGAGAGUUGAGGAACACGACUUCUGAUCUUGUGAACGGGCGGCCGGUCGAUGACUCGCUGGCGUACGACUCGAUGAAGUACACACUAGUGGUAGAUGAAAACACAACGCUCGAGUUGGUGAGUCUGAAACGCUGCACUUCUGUACUGAGUGAUGACAGCGAUGGACUUUCAACAAUAUGUGAUGAAGAUCAGGUGGAGGAAGAUGAAGAUGUAUAUGAGCGGGGCCAUAUGGUAGGAGGCAUGAGACCCAAUCUGCUGUUAAGCUCCUCUGAAGAAGACUCCUCACCUGAGGCAGACAUGCCUUUCUCCAAGAAGUUUCUUAAUGUGUUUGUCAACGGCACAUCGAGGUCCUCCAGCACAGAAUCAUUUGGGCUUUUCUCAUGUACUAUAAAUGGAGAGGAAAGAGAUCAGACUCACAGAGCGGUCUUUAGGUUCAUCCCACGCCAUGCAGAUGAGCUGGAGCUGGAUGUUGACGAUCCACUUUUUGUUGAGGAAGAAGAGGACGAUUACUGGUACCGUGGGUACAACAUGCGCACUGGAGCUAGAGGGAUUUUCCCAGCGUAUUACGCCCAUGAGGUCGUUGGUCAACCGAAAGAUCUAAUAACAAUGAAGAGGAAUCCUGCUUGGAUGGAAAGUUUCCGAGUGCAAUUCCUGGGUUCAGUUGAGGUUCCUUAUCACCAAGGCAACGGCAUCCUUUGUGCUGCCAUGCAAAAGAUCGCAAUGGCGAGGAAGAGGACGGUGCAUCUUCACCCUCCAUCUAUCUGUGAGCUGGAAAUAAGCCUGCAAGGAGUCAAACUGGUCAUGAGUUUGGACGAUGAGUAUGACUUUUCAGGAGAGUUUGACAGAUGUAGUCACUUCUUCCAAAUGAAGAACAUCUCUUUCUGUGGAUGCCAUCCGAAAAACAACUGUUAUUUCGGUUUCAUCACCAAGCACCCAAUGCUGAACAGGUUUGCAUGUCACGUCUUCGUCUCUCAGGACUCUAUGAGACAUGUAGCCGAGUGUGUGGGGCGGGCAUUCCAGGAGUACUAUCAGGAGCACCUCGAAUAUGCCUGUCCCACCGAGGAUAUCUACCUUGAGUAGAGGAAACGGGUAACCAUGGCAACUGCUGUCCUUCACGACAGACGUCUGUUCCCGGGCUCGGCCACUACGGGGCGCCUGCCAGCCUUUUCAGAUGUAACAUAGGCCUCGUGUCUUUAUUCUCCUUCUCGGUUUCUGUCUUCUCUCAACAUGAACUGAGCUGAAUACUCUACAUAGGCUCUUAGUGGUCUGUCUAUUUAUUUCAUCGUUUAUCCAUUUAAUUUAUUCUCCUCAUCGAGACGGAUUGCUUGUUUAUUUAACUUUUCUACUAUAUAAUUACAGGAACAUGGUUCGGGGCGUAUACAUUGGUUACAUUUCAUUUUUUAUAUAGUAAUAUGACUUCACACGUUUGAAUGCAUGGCUUUGAGGGUUAUGCUCAUAAACACACACGUGCACACACUGAAGAAUACAAUAAAGUCUAUACAGGCGAAUAGUGAUGAAGGGUUUGAAUCUGAAGACGCGGAUCGUUUGUAAAUAUGUAUUUGUUAGAUUCUGAAUCUGAUACAUUACUGUAUUAGGUUUGUACUUAAAGGAUUAGGCAGUAGGACGUGACCUGGAAUCGGUGAUGGGUCUACAGAUUGUCUGUUCCAGUGUAGUUGAAUGUUUACUGUACGUUUCUGAUUUUACCGCAGUGUAAAUAAUGUAUAAUUAGAGUGGAUUGUAGGUGAAUACAGAUGAUCUUCUUUACACAUUAGGAUAUGUGAGUAUCCCACGUCACCGGUCUGUGGAUGAGAUAGUGGGACAGAUUGCAGGUGAUGGGCUGGAUCUAUAUUGGCACGGGUGAAUGAAACCAAUACUGUCUGGGUUAUAUUAACACAAACAAAUCUUUACAUAAAGAAAAAAAGCCUUUUUAAAAACCAUUAGGAUUCAUGCAAUUGCAAUUUUUUUGUUAUAACUGAGCAUAUCCCACCACAAACCUUUUAAGUAUAUAAUCGCCAUUAUUCUUAAUAACGAUUAUCAUUAUGUUCUUAUUAAAUGCCAUUAUUUUUUGCAUUAUGGUAAUGAGAUUCAUAUUUAUUUGUGUUAGGAUGACUAGGGUAAAUUAUGCUGAAUUGCCAUGUCAUUGUGGUUUUAAAACUAGGCUUUAUUUUCUUUAUGUAAUGCUUUAUUUGUUUUAAAACAUUGAAAAGCUAUUCACUCGGGAUAGUCCCAUUCAAUCUUUCAAAAACACUUUUUCUACAAAUAUGAAAGCCUCACCAUUAUCUGAUCCAAUGCAUCAAUCCAUUUGACUAGAAAAAGCCUGUUCAGUUCAUUCUCUAAAAUUUGGGGGUUACAGAAAAUCCCUUUUCAUCCGUCUGAUUUGUCCUUGUCCUGGCCUUGUCUGGGUUUGUUGAUGCUGUGUAGAGCAGAUCCCCCUGCUGGCCUUACUGUAUAUACCAAUAGGACUAAAACAAACUGAUACAUACAAUCCAGGACCUUAUAACAGCGGCAACAUGCUGACAAUCAAGAAUAGGACCCAAAUACAUUUAGUGAUUAUUACAAGUCAAUUUAGUGUAUUAAAAUCAAAUAAUGACACGCUAAAUCAGCAGUGAAGCCAUUUCUUAUGAAAGUUGAUUCAAGACAAAUUAGGCAGUCUGGUAGGGUGACCUACAAUAAGGACUUGACAACAGAGAUAACCAAGAAUGAUAACUAUAACGAUAAAUAAAUGAGCGUUAACACCAUUGAAAAGUAACAUUAUGUUUAUUCUGCAUGAUGCCGUUUGUAAAUGUGCAUGCACUUUUCAAAUUCAAAUGGGUUUUAGUCUUAAUGUUUAUCAUUCAUCACUUCCUAACGUUCCGAUAUUGGGUUGGUACCCUUAUAGUUGUCAUUUUCAUUAUUGCUUUUGAUGUGAACACUGAAAAAAAAAAUGAUUUUUUUAAGGUAAGUGGUUGCAAUCAAUUUAUUUAAGCUACAUCUAAACAAAAAAGAUUAUUAAAGUAAAAUAAAAUAUAAAACUUUUGUUUAAAUGUAGCUUAAAUAAAUUGAUUGCAACCACUUACCUUAAAAAAAUUUAUUAAAUUCAAUGAUUCAUUUUUUUCAGUGAAGGGGCUUAAAAUGAAAAUUCUGUCAUUAUUUGCUCACCCUCAAGUUGUUACAAACCUGAAUAAUUUUUUGUUUUGCUGAAUACAGCAGGAAACAGAACACUAUUGACUUCCAUAGUAGGAAAGAAAAAUACUAUGGAAGUCAAUGGUGCUCAAAAACGAUUUGGUUACAAACAUUGCUCAAAAUAUCUUCCUGUGUGUUCAGUAGAACAACAACAACAAAAUUCGGUAGCACUUUAUUUGAAGGGGUGUUCAUAAGACUGACAUGACACCUUUAUAAUCAUGACAUGACAUGUGUCAUGAACAUAAAAGAGAUUUUAUACACAUUUAUGACAAGUGCCAUUAAGUGUAAUUUUGUUAAAUUAUAUUAUUUUUAUGCAAAGAUGACAUUGUUUGAGAUAACAACUUGACUUAAACCAAUACAUCAUAGCUUGUCAUAAAUCUGUCAUAAACAUGACAUAGCAGAAUAAUUAUCAAACUUAAGAAACUACUUAGCUUUAUGGGUUAACACGACAUUAAACUGUGAUUUAAAUGUCAUUAAGUGUUAAAACUAUGUAAAAUAUUUUUAAAUACCUUAACAAAAUGCAACAGACACGUCAAAAUAUUAUAUUUAACUUUAUGUUUUUGCACAAUACAUAAAAAACUGACAACCAACAAAACUUGUUCUUCCUCACAUAGAGGAUUCUGAAAUUUUCUGACAUAGAAGAAAAAAUGAAUAAAUUAUUUAAUCAAUUUAAUUUAAUUUAUUUAACUUUGCAGCGAUAUGGACCCAACACUGCACAGCUUAACCCAUUAUUGUACUGUUUUCAUUUAAUUUUAGGUGAAUCGAAAUGCAAUAAAAAAUAAUUUUAUCAAUUUUAAUUAUUAUUAGUAUUAGUAUUGUUAUUAAAUGAUUGAUUUUAUUUGUUAAAUACAUAAAGGAAACUUUAUGAAACAUUAUGAACUGAAGAAUAUUUGUGAUGCUGUUAUAAAACGACUUGAUAGAGUAUUAACACAUCAUGUCAUUUUAAUGACAAAUUAUAUUUGUACCACUGUAGUUGAGGUCAAGAAAAAUAUUCAUGACGCUGUUAUUAAAACUAUAUGAAAGAGUAUUAACACUUGAUGACAUUAUAAUGACAAAUUAUAUUUGUAUCACUGUUAAAAGUGGUCAGUUAUGUUGUCUUGGUAAUGUCAAGUUGUCAUAACAAAGACAUCUCAAACAAUGUCAUCUUUGCAUUACAAAUUACAUAAUUGAACGAAUGACACUUAAUGGCAGUUGUCAUAAACAUGCAUAAAAUCUCCUUCAUGUUCAUAGCACGUGUCAUGUCAUGAUUUUGAAGGUGUCAUGUCAGUCUUAUGAACACCCCUUCAAGUACAGUGUUAUCAAAAAGUAUACAGAUUUGAAACAACAUAAAGGUGAGUAAAUGAUGACAGAAUUUUCAUUUUGGGUGAACUAUCCUUUUAAGACUAAAGCCCAAUUCCCGGUAAGUGGUAAGACAGAGAAAUGGGAUUGGGCCUAAAUUUGGAAUUGAAUAUUAGCAUAAACUUUACUGCAUGCUGAAUACUUUAUUUUCAAAUAGUAUGUGAAUCGCUUUUUCAAUAGAGCCACCAAUCUGCAGAGUUUGGUUGUAAUCUCCAUCAAACCCAUCUGAAUAAGCUAAUCUUUAAUAUUACUUGAUAAUGAGAGGGAUUUGUGUCAAAGUGAGGAUUAGAAUGAAACUGCAGGAUGAUGGCCCUCAACAAGCAGUCUUGCAGUAUGCAACAAUAAACAUUGCAAAUAGUACUGUAGUAUGCAACAUUCCCAUCACCUGACCUCAUUAUGUGGCGUGCUUAAUAAAGCAAGCACCAUCCAGUUAUCAUGAUGUCAGCAUUUUAAUCCAAUUGUGUGUGUUUUUGCACAUACAGAUGCUUAAGCACGACACUCCCUGCAAAUGUCACACAACUGGAAAGUCCAGCCGCCUGCAAUCUGUUUCCACAUUGACCUAUUUAUUGGUGACGGUGGUGACACUCUUACAAAGUGCGACAUUUACCGAAUCUGUAUGUGGCUUGUUUUCGGUUAGAUGGCUGUAAAUAAUCUAGAGUCAGGAUCGCCAUGCUGUGUCCUUUCUGUUGAGUAUGUUACUGAGAUAAAUAUGUAAAUUUAAAAGAAAUACUACUAAUAAUGUUGAUGAUAAGAAUCUCACAACCAAAAGCUUUGAAUUAGUAUUUGUAUCUUUCCUUCAUCCGCUUUACAUCUGUUCGUUGGAUGUGCUGUCACUUUGUGGCCAGAUCAUGAUCAGCUGUGUCAAUCAGAUGUGUAAUUUAACUUCAUUGACACACACACAAAAACACCAUCCUCUGCAUUUCACCAUAUGGUAAAAUCGAACGGGUCGAAUCGGCAAUCGCAUUGCUGAGAACAUAUGAAUGGGUUAUUUCGGAGCUCUGUAUCCUUUAGUUAUGACUGUUACAUUUUUUGUGUUCAUGCGGUAAAUGAAUAUCUUAAAUGUUUUAGCAAUCUCUUUAGCCAUUUGUAGUGACAAAUUGGCUGUGAAACCCCUAACACCUUCAGGCGGAGCAUCUAAUACAUUGAUAACUUAAGCUUGGGUAGCUGAAAUACAAAUACAAACAAACUUCUGGACUUAAACAUAAUUCAGUCCUUCAGUGUAUAACAGAAACAGCUUCAGUAUGACAAACUAUGUAUCUUGUAUCUUUAAAAAUGACAACUUGUAAAAAAAACAACAAAAAAAAUCUCACUGCCUUGUCAUGGAUUUGGUCUUAUGAAUAAAAUACUAUAUGCUUGAUGUCA